AUGCAGCCCUGCGUGGUACUCCUCCUCACCCUAGCCAUCCUCCCUAGCCUCGUAGCCAGCACCACCUCAUCUCUCAUCAACACAACGUGCUCCAAGGCUCCUAAUGUGUCCUACGACCAUUGUGUCAACGUGCUCUCGGCCGAUCCAGCCGGUGCCCCCGCCACGGACAAGCGCGGGCUGCUCAUCGCCGCCGCUCAACGAACUGUGCACAGUGUGACAUCCACGGUGCAUAUCAUGAGCGACCUAAUACAAGAGCUCAACACUUGCAUCCAAUAUUACCAACGUAUGGGUGAGUUGACGGUGGGCGCCAUGGAUGAUCUCCGAGCAGGACGAGAUGCUGGACUCAUAUAUCCAAAGUUACGGGAGGCCUCUGAUGAGCCCCUAAGGUGUGAUACAGUGUUCUUUCACGGAGUCAAGAAGAAUCUCAUGGAGAAAGAGAACUCAGAGAACAAAAAUUUGGCCCACUUAGCCAGUAGCAUCACAUUUCUGUUGUUCAAUCGGCGUUCUUAG